AUGAUUCCUGAGGCUGCUGAAGCAGUUGCGAAGAGGUGUAACAGCAUGAAGGAUCUACGAGAGCACCCUGAUAUUCAAAAACCUUGGUCUGAGGCAAUGGAGAAUGUGAAAAGAAUUAUCUCCAGUAGAUUCUGUAGAAUUAGAUUCUAUGGCCAGAAAGUAGAGGUUACUAACGUAACUACAGGAAAGUAUGCAGCCUACAUUGACUGGAAAGCAAAACAUUGUCGAGAAAGGCAGUACACAUUUCAAAUACGGAAAUGUAAUGAUCGGGCCUGCUGUCUCCCUAACACAGAGAAUUGUCCAGAACAUUGGCUUCCUGAUCCUGUAUUGGAUGACAGUGGUGCACAUUACAAGCCAUAUACAGAGGUGAAGAUGGAGGAUACUGUUGAGGCAAAACCUAGGUCCAGUAUUGUGAAGACCAAGGCUCCAAAGAGAACUCUCUCUCAUCUACCGAGGUGUCAACUGAAGUAGGACAGUUGCCAGAUCAGGAAACAUCCAGGGGAGUAGCU